GGCAUAAUUAUGUACAAAUGAAUAUAUAGAACCAAACUACCAAAAUGAAUAAUUAUCUACAAAUUGUUCCCUUCCAUCUUUUGCCUAUUAUCUUUUGCCAUUCUUCUCCGACUUCUCCCAGUCCCAACACGUGCAAACUAUUAACCGACAGACAGAGGAGAAACGAUGCUGGGCGCGGCCUGAGGAUGGAAUCGAUUGUCAAAUGGAGGGCGGCAAACGAAGUAGAUGUGGCCGGAUGGCGGGAGGCGCGUCGGUUUGUGCCAUGCGAGUUUUGAUCUCCAUCGAUAGAUUAGUACCGAGAUGGAAUGGGGGAUCCGUUCAACGCCACCGUCGUGUGAGCGAAGCAUCGCAUAGGGGUGCCGGAAUUGGAAUCAAAACUGGAAACGAACCGACGAAGGUCUAUGGAGGAGCCACAAUCGACGAGAUGGUUGUCAAUGGGGGGAGAAAGGUUCGUUGGGGUUCUAACUGCGGCGGCUGAGAUAUGGGCGAGAGAGAAGCGAUGAUAGAUGGUGGAGGAAUUGAUGGCCGACGACGAUGAGGAGGAAGAAUCGGUGGUACAGGGGAUCAGAGAGAUGGGGAAGAUAGGGGAGAGAGAAACGAUUUAUUCCCGAAGAAUGAUUUAUUCUAAAAUGGCAAAUUUGCCCUUGUUUGAUUUUUACACUAUCUAAAUUGAGUCAACCUAUAUUAUUAAAAAGUCAGCAAAAUCCGGCCUUCUUAUUGGCUGGGUAUUACUAUUGUCACUAUAACAACAUAUAAGGUGUUGUUACCGUAUCUGGUCCCAGUUUUCUUACAAGUAUGUGGUUAAAUCCAACAUUAUCUUCUCGCCAUCCUGAAGGUAGAAUUUGGUUGGUUUUGUUCUUCCUCUUUCUUAUGUUAUUUUGGGGACCGGUUACUAUGACAACACCCUUUGUGUUGUAAUUGUAACAACACUAGUCUCCAACCAAUAGGAAGCUAGGAUUGUGAUGACUUUUUAUUAGAUGAGUUGACCUAGUGUAAAAUCAAAGCAGGGGUAUAAUUGGCAUUUAUGAAAAAUCUGUUUAAAUAAUAAAAAAAUAAAAAAAAUAAAAAAAUAUUUUUUUAUUUUUUAUUUUCUGUCCAAAAAUUUGGUCGCCGGAAUUCUGCCACCAGUCGCCGGAAACUGGUCACCGGUCACCGGAAUAUGCUUUUUGUCGCCAGAAUAUGCUUACCGCUGUCGGAAUAUGCUUACCGGCGUCGGAAUCUAGUCAUCGGGGCCGGAAUAUGCCUAUCGGCGUCGGAAUCUGCUCACUGACUGUCACCGGAGUUCGGUCAACGAACUUCGUUGACCGGUCAACGGUCAAUGAUCACCGGAUGUUAUGGUUAGCAUUGUGAGAUUUAUGGUUUGGUUUCUCAUAUUUUUUUAUGCCUUUUGUGGUUUGCUUUAUCGUGUUUGUGGUUUGCAUUGAGAAGUUUCUGGUUUGCUUUCAAAAACUUUGUGGUUUGCAUUGUGAGGUUUUUGGUUUGUUUUAAUAUAUUUGUGGUUUGCAU